UCGACAGUUGGCAAUCGCUCUUCGUGCGCGACAGACGUGCUUCCAUACAGCUCCCGUCUAUCAGUUUGUCUGUUGUUCCUGUUGCGUUAGAAUUUUGCAACCGUCGCAAGAUGUCUACGUACAGAAAAAACACACUCGUCAUUGACUUCAGUGUCCUGCCAAAGCGACCCGUUCUGGAUCAAGUUCAGGAAUUCCUCAAAGACGACCUAAAAAUCGACAUGGCCGACGUAAAAAACAUUCAAAUACACAAUCUAAAAAAUUGCCUGUAUAUUGAAAUGAAUGACGCCGGCGUAGCACCACGACUGCAAAAACAACAUCAUCUCAAGCACUACUUCAUCCACCAAGGAACAAGUUACUACAUCCCAGUAUAUGUUGACGGCCCCACUACAACCGUAAGGAUCCACGACCUUUCACCGUAAAUGUCCAACGACGUCAUCACGCGCCACAUGCAACAGUAUGGCAAAGUAAUCUCCAUCGAAAAUGAAGUAUGGAAGAACUUUUUCCCGGGAAUUCCAAACGGCGUCAGAGUUGUGCGAAUGAAACUGGAGAAGACGCUGCCGUCUCGUAUUGUGGUCAACGACGAACCUACCUACGUAACCUAUCCGAAAACAAACAAACAGACAUCGCUCCAGCCAACACAACCACCAAGCUCUGCUAAAGAGCAAAACAGCAUCGGUGAUAAACAAUACACAGCUGUUGAUCACCCACCGGCUUUGACUCUCACCGGCAAAAGUGACGAUGAUAACGACACCAACAACGACGACGACGGCGACGAUGAUGAUAUUCGGCGCACCGAUACCGACGAGUAUAACGAAAAAGACACGGAGACCGUUGAAACUGAAGCUGAGCCUGAGACUACGAAGAGAAGGUUGUCGACUGAAACGGACAAUGGAAGAAAAGAAGAGAACUUAGCAAAACGAUCCUGCAAUGAGGGAGGACAGAAUGCUGAAUUAGAGUGGAAGAUUUAUCAUACUAGAUCGAGAAAAAAAUAAGCUGUGUAAAUUGUACCAUAUUAUAAUGUUUUGAUUUGAUCUUUAUUAUCGACACGAAUGCACCCACAGUGUAAAGUGUCGCAAA